AUGGGUUAGAUCGAACCGGGACCGGAGAAAAAAGCCCAGGCGGAAAAGCAGCAAGAGCCUGGGGCUCGGGCGGUAGAACCUGCGCCCCUGCCCCCCAGGAAAGCCGAGGGGACCGGGAACGUUAAUCCCGACCGGACGGACGGAUCGGGGGGAGGGUCACAGGUCAGGAGCAGCCGAUUCCCCGUCGGUAAGGUGAUGCUGCUGGAGGAUGCCCCUGACGGAGCGGCUGCGCGAGAGGACGUCGCGAGCCUUCUACAGCCACGGCCUGCGCUGCGCCUCCUACCCCAUCCCCAUCAUCCUCUUCACUGCCCUCUGCAUCCUGGCCUGCUGUUACCCCCUGCUGAAGCUGCCCCUGCCUGGCACAGGCCCUGUGGAGUACAGCACCCCGGUGAAGGACUACAGCCCCCCCGAGCCCGGCCCGCAGCCCGGGGACCUGGAGCGGCCUGACUGGUAUGUUGGUGCUCCUGUGGCCUACAUCCAGCAGGUCCUGGUGAAGGCCACGGUGUCCCCCUGGCAGAAGAGCUUCCUCGCCGUGGACGUGUUCCGCGCGCCCCUCUCCCGAGCCUUCCAGCUGGUGGAGGAGAUCAGGAACCAUGCCCUGAGGGACAGUGCUGGUGUGAAGAGCCUGGAGGAGGUCUGCCUGCAGGUGACAGAUCUGCUGCCUGGCCUCAGGAGGCUGCGGGGCCUGCUGCCCGAGCACGGCUGCCUGCUGCUGUCCCCGGGCAACUUCUGGCACAACGACCGCGAGCGCUUCGGCGCCGACCCCGACAUCCUCAGGACCAUCCAGCAGCACGAGCCAAAGGCUCUGCACACCUCAGCCACUCUCAAAGAUCUGUUGUUUGGGCUGCCUGGGAAGUACAGUGGGGUGAGCCUCUACAACAGGAGGAGAGUGGUGUCCUACACCGUCACGCUGGCCUUGCAGCGCUACGAUGCCAGCUUCCUGGGCAGCCUGCGCGCUCGCCUCAAGCUGCUGCACCCCAGCCCCAACUGCUCGCUGCGGGAGGACAGCAUCGCCCACGUCCACUUCAAGGAGGAGAUCGGCAUCGCCGAGCUGAUCCCCCUGGUCACCACCUACAUCAUCCUCUUCGCUUACAUCUACUUCUCCACACGGAAGAUCGACAUGGUGAAGUCCAAGUGGGGCCUGGCGCUGGCGGCGGUGGUGACGGUGCUCAGCUCCCUGCUCAUGUCCGUCGGGCUCUGCACGCUCUUCGGCCUGACGCCCACCCUGAACGGAGGAGAGAUCUUCCCAUACUUGGUGGUGGUGAUUGGCCUGGAGAACGUGCUGGUCCUCACCAAGUCUGUUGUCUCCACUCCUGUGGACCUGGAGGUGAAGCUUCGCAUCGCCCAAGGCCUGAGCAAUGAGAGCUGGUCCAUCAUGAAGAACAUGGCAACAGAGCUUGGGAUCAUCCUGAUUGGGUACUUCACCCUGGUCCCAGCCAUCCAGGAGUUCUGCCUCUUUGCUGUGGUGGGGCUGGUGUCUGACUUCUUCCUGCAGAUGUUCUUCUUCACCACCGUGCUGUCCAUCGACAUUCGCCGCAUGGAGCUGGCGGAUCUGAACCGGCGGCUGCCGCCCGAGGCCUGCCUGCCGCCGCCGAAGCCCAGCGGCCGCCCCCCGCGCCACGAGCGGCAGCCGGCCCUGCGGCCUGCCACCCCCCACACCAUCACCCUCCAGCCCUCCUCCUUCCGCAACCUGCGCCUGCCCAAGCGCCUCAGGGUCAUCUACUUCUUCGCCAGGACCCGGCUGGCCCAGAGGCUCAUCAUGGCCGGGACGGUGAUCUGGAUCGGCAUCCUGGUCUACACGGAUCCUGCCGGGCUCCGCACCUACCUCACCUCCCAGGUCACCGAGCAGAGCCCCCUGGGGGACGCAGGUCUGCCCCCAAUGCCCGUUCCUGGAGGGGUCCUGCCUGCUGGAGACCCCAAGAUCGACCUCUCGGUCUUCCCGUCGGACUCGGUGCAGCUGUCGCAAAACCAGACGCAGCAGCGGGAGCAGAAGUCAGGGCUGGAGCCAAACCGGCACAGCUGGGCCCAGGAGGGCAGGGGGAACGGGCAGGCAGAGCUUGGAGCUGAAGCAGAGGUUACCUGGGGAGCAGAGGAUGAGGAGAUCUGGAGGAAGCUUUCCUUCAGGCACUGGCCAUCCCUCUUCAGCUACUACAACAUCACUCUGGCCAAAAGGUACAUCAGCAUCCUCCCAGCCAUCCCAGUCACCCUCUACCUGAACCCUCAGGAGGCCCUGGAGCUGCGGCAUCCCCAGGAGGCCAACCGCUACCAGCCCUUCCUGCCUGCCGGCGCCGGGAAGCUGGACGCUGAGCCUCGGCCUGAGCCAGCCCAGGCCAAGCUGCAAGGCCACCAGGAUGUCACUCUCUACAAGGUGGCUGCUCUGGGCCUGGCCUCGGGCAUCCUGCUGGUGCUGCUGCUGUUCUGCCUGUACCGGGUGCUGUGCCCCAGGAACUACGGGCAGAACGGGCUGGCCGCCGGGCGCCGCCGGCGCGGCGACCUCCCCUGCGACGACUACGGCUACUCGCCGCCCGAGACGGAGAUCGUCCCCUUGGUGCUCAGGGGGCACCUGAUGGACAUCGAGUGUCUGGCCAGCGAUGGGAUGCUGCUUGUCAGCUGCUGCCUGGUGGGCCAGAUCCGUGUCUGGGAUGCCCAGACCGGGGACUGCCUCACUGUCAUCCCCAAGCCAAGGUUGCGAAGGGACAGCAGUGGCAUCUUUGACUACCAGGAGAGCUGGGACCACAGCCCAGAUGGGAAGAAUGGGCUGGAUGAUGCCUUUGAGAGCAGCCACCAGCUCAAGAGGCUGCUCAGCCCUCCCCAGCCUCCCCUCUUCUGUGACCAGCCAGACCUCACCUCCCUCAUUGACACCAACUUCUCGGAGCAGGUGAAGGUGGCCGAGUCGGAGCCGCGGCUGCGGGCCGUGGGCGGUCGCCAGAAGGAGACCGGCUACGACUUCAGCAGCCUGGUUGGCAGAGCCUAUGAGGAGCAUGGCACCUCCAGCUGCAGGAGCUUCUCUGGGCUGCCCUCCCUGCACGGCCAGGCCGGCUUCUGCGUGGGGAGCAGCAGCCCCCGGGGCUGCGGGGCCGAGGAGGGGGCCUGCGGCGGCCGCAGGAGGAGCCUGGGAGACGACUCCCUGGCAGGCUGUGAGAAAGCCUCAGCACCUCCCAGCUGGGGAGGAGACCUGGAGAGCUCUGUCUGGAGCCUGGACCUGCAGGGAAACCUGAUCGUGGCUGGCCGGAGUAAUGGGAAGCUGGAGGUCUGGGAUGCCAUCGAGGGCACCCUGCGCAGCAGCAAUGAGGAAGGUCAAUCCGGCAUCACAGCCCUCGUGUUCCUCAGCAACAGGAUCGUGGCCGCGCGGCUGAACGGCUCCUUGGACUUCUUCUCCCUGGACACACACACAGCCCUCAACCACCUGCAGUUCCGAGGAGCCCCGAGCCGCGGCAGCAUCCCUUCCUCCCCUGUGCUCAGCAGCAGCGACCUGAUCAGCUGCCAGCUCACCCACACCGUGUCCUGUGCACACCAGAAGCCGAUCACGGCGCUGAAGGCCGCCGCCGGCCGCCUGGUGACCGGCAGCCAGGACCACACCCUGCGGGUGUUCCGGCUGGAGGACUCCUGCUGCCUGUUCACGCUGCAGGGCCACUCGGGAGCCAUCACAGCUGUCUACAUGGACCAGACCAUGGUGCUGGCCAGCGGGGGGCAGGAUGGAGCCAUCUGCCUGUGGGAUGUGCUGACCGGCAGCAAGGUCAGCCACAUGUACGCCCACCGCGGGGACGUCACCUCCCUCACCUGCACCACCUCCUGCGUCAUCAGCAGCGGCCUGGACGACGUCAUCAGCAUCUGGGACCGCGGCUCGGGCAUCAAGCUCUACUCCAUCCAGCAGGAGAUGGGCUGCGGCGCCAGCCUGGGCGUCAUCUCCGACAGCCUGCUGGUGACCGGGGGCCAGGGCUGCGUCUCCUUCUGGGACAUCGGCUACGGCGACCUGCUGCAGACUGUGUACCUGGGCAAGAGCAGCGAGGCGCAGCCGGCGCGGCAGAUCCUGGUGCUGGAGAACGCUGCCAUCGUCUGCAACUUCGGCAGCGAGCUCAGCCUGCUCUACGUGCCCUCCGUGCUGGAGAAGCUGGACUGAGCUGCGGCAGAGGGACGGGCCCUGCAGCCUGGGGG